AAACCGAACUGUCAAUUUUUGACUCUGCUAGAUUGACACACCACCACUGGCCAGAUGUAAUAACAGAAUUGUGCAGCAUAAACAUCAAUAAAUUGCGAUAUUCAUAAUCAAUUUCAAGGCCUCCAGUACCAACCCAUUAGAAUCCUAUGACUUAUCAAUAAACGCCAUUAGCGAUUACAAUCAAAUGAUCGGAAUUUAAGUGACAGAUAACCUUACACGCUCAACAAUGAUAAAUGUCAGGUAGAUUAUUCAGUGAUUAUUGGUCAUUGUACUUUGUUAGACACAAUUCGAUUAAACGGCUGAACAAAACAAAGUCAACAUAUCAAAGUGGGUGGAGGUUUGCCAUGAUUGUGAAUAAUGGAGGUGAAAGUCGCGGAGGGUCUCGUAAGGGACUUGGACCUAACACUUCAACCGCGAGCCGCACCGAGGUACAAAGUUUGGCUGCCCUUAGCCACACAACAGCUGCGCCUGAGGAGUCUGUGUCAAGUGAUAGGCUGCAACUUGGAGACGGAUAAGAACAUUGAAAUAUGCUGGUUCUAUUUUACACUGCACAGAUCGAGUAUGUCAUCACCAUUUUAUACAAGUGAACCCAUAGACAAUGCUAGUCCACGAUGGGCGAGCCUUGAAGUGCCUACUUUACAUGCAACUGGCCUCUCCACUGCCAAUGAAAUAGUUUUACGCCUGUGGAGACGCACAGAAGUGGCCAACCCAGCAACAGACGUAACAGUAUUCACCUGGGGUAUCUCAUUUACCGGUCUCGUCUACAUGGGCCCAAAGCUCUCAAAUAACCUGGAACCAAUGCUCCGCCCCAACUCCCUAAUAUUUCACCUCUAUGGUGGCUUUUUCGUGCCAUCCUACUGCCUUCUCCACCCCCCUGAAUUCCGUCGUUACCUCUACAUGAGUGUCAGCAACUCGGAGAUUCGCGAGAGCUACACUGUCUCCAAACUGACGAGUCUCAGACGAAAGAUGCUGUUGUUGAAGCAACAGACUGAGGCUGCAGAAACCCUGCGCGAGAGAAUAGCUUCUGGAGACGGGGUACAAUCUCCGAAAUUCAAGCAGACAACUCUCAAUCGAUUGCUGCAACCGAAGAGGAUAAGUAAAGAGAAAAGGGCGGAAAUCCUGAAGAUGCGAAAGGAAUUAGAAGUAGCAAAAUUUAGAACUAAAUUAUUAGAGCAAGAGAGAUUAAGAAAAAUGGCUGAACUGCGUGGAUUGAAUCAAUUACACUUGACUGUGAUGGAGGAGAACCAGGAUCACGGUUCUUUACUCAUGGAGAGGUACAGAGAACUGAACAAAGACAUGGAGAGACUGAAGGAAUGGCGUCAGAGUCACAUAGAAACACGAGAAGUUUAUGUGCAGACAUCGGCGCAGUUGGCUUUUAGAAGGCGCCAGCUGAUGUCAGACCUGUGCCUGCCCUUUCCCAUUCGCCAAGAGUCUGAGCGAAAAUACACUAUCAACGACGUACACUUACCAGAGAGUGAAGAGCUCGACUCGUGCAACGACAUUCAGACCUCAGUGGCAUUGAGUUAUGUGGCUCAGUGCACGCAGAUGGUCGCCAACUUUCUCAAUGUUCCCACCAGGUAUCCCAUAAUCCUCAAUGGCUCCAGGAGUAAAAUAGUUGACCAUAUCAAUGACAAUUUUCCGGAGAAAGACCGUCAAUUUCCUUUGUUUUCACGAAGCAAGGACAAACUGCGGUUUCAUUAUGGAGUUUAUUUAUUGAAUAAAAAUAUUGCCCAACUCAGGUGGUGCUGCGGCCUCACGACGAUUGAUUUACGCCCAACAUUGGUGAAUUUAGGAUCUCUGCUGAAUUUGAAACCCAAUCACUCAUUGGACAACUCGAAACGAACCUUCUCAGGAUCAUCUUUGGACACUGAUAACAGUGCCAAUGGAAAGCACAAUAUCCCCCUAACCCCACCUCUUCAAAAAGUGAUGAUCGAUAAGAUCAACAAGACCAAGACCAUGAACCAAUUGAGAACGUUGAGAUCUUCACUAGGAUCUUCUCUGGAUCAGGGUCUCGAUAAGCCCAAUCAGAGUUUCGUACUGGGAAAGCAGAGCAAACGAAUUUGCAAGUCUGAAGAGUCUGCGUUCGACGACAAGACCUUUUCAUUGCCAAGAGAUAGGUUAAGCAACAGUAGUGAGGAGACCAUUGACGACAGAGUCUUUCAACAUGGUAAUAAUGAGAGGUUAAAACCACUGAACUCCAAUGAGCUCCUCGAGCCUGAGAUAGAGAUAACGCUGCCGGUGUCAGUGUCAAAACCAAAGUGCGAUGAUGAUAAUGUCAGACAGAGGAGUUCCAAUUCCAUCAGCAGCUGUGAGAUGGCUUUGGGAGGAUCUCAGACUGAUGUGGACAGGACGAAUGGAGAGUUGGACAGUGGGAAGAUGGAAAUUUCGUUGAGUAAACUUGCUAAUGCUAUUAAUAAUUGUCGAGUUGAUGAAGAGAGUAUUCAAUCGAAUGAGAGUUCCACGCCUUUUGAUAUGGAAAAAUUAGAUAAGCAGAGGAGUCAAGAGACCUUGAUUGGUUUGGUAGCUGCUAAGAGAGUGAUUGAGAGCACCGAGACACUCUCGAGUUCAUUAGUUUCACUGGAUGACAGCAGGAACUCUUGCGAAAGAAUCGAGGAGAGACUGAGUGUCGCCUCCAGCUGUCCUGAGAGUGCUAAAUCUUUCUAUGAUGAUGAGGAUGAAAGUCUGAGAAGCAAUUGGAGGACCGAGUCCAAUCCUAGUCUCCAGAUGUUGGCUGGACUGGACAGACGAACAUUUCCCGUUCCGAUUUCUCGAUCACAGCCUAACAGGGUUCAAGAGGCUAUAAAUGAUUAUCAAGCUUCCACCGAGUUCAUUGAUUCCAUACGUAAAAGUUCAGAAAAUGUAUUUGCAAGAACGGAAGCACUGGCCAGCAAGAAAACGAGCUUUAAAGUCAUGAAGCCAAGGUUCUAGGGUGACUUGUGAUUUGAGAAAAAUUAUUUUUCAAUGAUUCCAUAAAUUAAUUAUUGUAAUUUAUUAUAGCUCACAAGCUGAUUUUUCUUUAUUGGUGGAUUAAUGCAAUUUUUAUUGGAGAAAUGAAUGAUUAAAAACAUGAAGAGGUUGAUUUUGUUGAUGAGGAAAUUGUUACAUUUAAGGAUUUAUGUCAAUUGAUUUGGUUCAGUUGAAGUACAAAUUAUGUUGAAAAUAAAUGUUGGGAGAUUUUAUGGGGAAAUUUUUGGUUACAAUUAAUUGUUCACAUAACUAUCCCUCAACUUCUAAUCAUUUUUGUCACAGUAUAAGUGCGAAUGAGAUUGAUUUGAGCAGAGAAUGAUGAUCCAAUGAUUAUUUGAUGAUUUUAUCCUUCAUCGUUCACUGAUCUCACUGUUUCAUGUCAUGUACAUAUAUAAUUUAUAGUACGUUGUUAAAAUCUGUAUCGAAUUUGCAUUUUGACAUAACAUUUGCAAAUUGAUAAUAAUGUAUAUCGUAUCUGGCCCAUUUAUAGCUACGAGUAGUCCUUCAAUGUCAAAGGAUGAAUUUUCCUUCUCAACAUGUUAUUUUCCUUACUCAUUAGUCCAAAAAUAAAAUAGAAUUCUAUCUUAUCCUAUGUUAAUGAUAAUUAUGAUAAUUGUGGAUCACUGGACAACUAUCGGCACGAUGAUUUGAACUGAAAAAUCUCUAAAGGAGAUCUUGUUUCACUUAGCGUAUUUGAGAUCUGUGAGAGUGGCACUAAUUUUCCAGAGUUUUUCAGCCACUUCUGGUUCGAGAGUCUUCUUUGAUGUGUAAACUUUGCAGUCACGAUAGAGUAAUCCACUCUCGUUCGCCAGGGAAGCAUCUGUUGCACAGUGUAGCACUGUUUGUGCGCCCUGAUGAGCUGUGCGUAAAAAAAGAAGAGCAACUGGUGAGAAGAUGAUGUAAUGGAACCAACUCCUCUUGACAUCUCUGAAGAGUCCAGUAUAAGUGAAUCCUGGACAAACCAUGUAAACAUUGACUCCCGUGUUCGCCAGGCGUUUGGCCAACUCUGUGGCGAAAUACACAUUUGCGAGUUUGGAAUUACAGUAAGCGGGAUUCAUUCUGCCUUUUGCAGUAAGCCCUUUUUCUCCAUUCAGAUUUGAGAAGUCAAUCACUCCAGAUUCCAUUAGCUUUGAUGUUACUACCACAAUCCGGCUUGGCACAGAAGCCUUCAUCUUAUCCAAUAAUAGAUUAGUGAGAAAGAAAUGUCCGAGAUAAUUGACUGCGAAGUGAACAUCAUAUCCGUCUUUCGUUAAUGUUCGAUUCUUCAAAGGUUCGUAAACGCCAGCGUUAUUUAUUAAUCCAUGAAUUUCCGGGAAAUCUCGGAGUACACGUUGGGCAAAUUUGUAGAUUGAUGGGAGACACGCCAAGUCUAGUUCCAUUGGAAUCAUUUCUCCAGUGGAAAUCUUCUUUCGGAUCUCAGCAAUGCAGUUACGCGCCCGGUCCAUGUCCCGGCAAGCCAUGAUGACUUUGGCUCUCCUCCUCACAAGUUCCCUAACCGUUGCCUUUCCUAUCCCGGAAUUGGCGCCAGUCACCAGGAAAACCCGGUCCUGCAGAUCGCUCGUGUCCUUGCAUCGUCCCCACGAGUGUUCACGGCACUUUCUCAACAAUCCAAUGAUCACAACAAUAGGCAAGAAGAUGUAACAGAGUGACACCAUCAUAUUAGAGUAGUUCGUGAGGCUCACGGGCAAAAGGAGUUGUGGUGUUGAACUACCAUGGAAUCAUCCCAGGUGAUGGGUGUUGUUCGCCCUAUCUCUUCGUGAUGGUAUUUUGAUCACUUCGAUUGUUUACUCUGUGAAAUGCAAACGUCAGACUGAUAAAGCGGACGUGAAAAGUGAAUUGGGCAGCCGCCAUUAGGUUUUACAAUGAUACCAACAAUGGUCAUCAAUGUGUCAUGGUACCACUGAUCAGAAAUACGAUUUUCAGUCCUUUUUAUUUCUUUUUAUAUAAAUAUUGCGUGUGGAAAAUUGCACAUAUAAGAAAAAUGCAAAAAAGUAUGGAAUAAAUGUCUGAUUAUGCUUUAUCCUUAAGCUUGAGAAAUCAUAAAAUUUGGAAGUGUUUGCUACCCAUCCAUCUUAUAACCUUCGAGCUUCCCAUCCCUCUCAAUUUGGCAGUUCUCAUGAAAUUAAAAAAAUAGACUAUUGGGGGAAGGGAUGAUCAACAUCAUCAAUUCAUUUUUUCUUGAGAACAAUAACUUGUACCAGGAAAAAAAUAUUGGACCAAAUAAUAAUGAUGAAUCUUAAAUAAUUCAGAUAAAAUUCACGUUAUAGUACUCAAAGUAUUUUAUUCACAGAAUUUGUGUAUAAAUAUGAAUCUACGAAUUUUUACAUGAAAAAAAUGAACAUAUUUCAGUGGUUCGUGAAUUAAAAAAAUAAAUGACCAGGUCUGGGAUGAGAAAAAACAUCAUCUGCAGCAAUUGCAAGGUCGACAUGAGGUUCAUUCCUUAGUUACUCGAAAAUGGACGAGUUUUUUCUAUUGAUUUUAACCCUGGAUAUCAAGUUUUGCAUCGGGGAUUGAAAGAUGUUAUUUUAUUUAGUGCAACUUGAUACCCCUGUAACGUUCUUUAUCGUGGAAAUCAAAAACAAAAAUUAAAAUCAAUCCAAGGUCUACGGUUAUUGGAUAUAAUGAAGGUUCCUCGGCUAAUUGUUCGGCAUUUUCAUUGCAUUUGAUUCACUCGAAGAUUCGAUUCAUCAAAUUACGCAUAUUAUGCACCCUUUAACAGUAUGUUGAUUGGAAAGAGGACACACCACCCUUUUUCAGUACCCGAAUUAUUCGAUAGGCAAAUUUCACGAUUAAAAGAAAUUUUUUUAUUCAAAAAAUGUAGGCAUGAAAUUUUUACUUCUCAAUAACAUUGUUUUAUUGAACAGAAAGUAUUGAGUGAUUUGAAAUUCCAUACAGAUUGAUUUUGGACAAGGUUAGGUCGAAAACAAAAAAUUUUGACGAAAAAGAAUCUGAAGGAGUAGUUAGGGUUUUAGAGAGUUGAAAAACAUUGAAAAAUCCUAUUGUCAAUAAUGAAUGAAAAAAUUACUCAAUUUAUGGUAUUGAAUAAUGAAUGGAUAUUAUUGAAAGACAAAAUUUCAUUAUGCCAUAAUUUGCCAUCAAACACUAGUGGCACGUGAAAAAAACGAUGUAAUCAUCCCUUAAAACUGAUACUUAUCUUCUCUUAAUGUUAUCAACACAAAGUAAUUAAUAAAACCACAGCUUGUGGACUAACUACACUGAUUUAUAGAUCUCCGCAAUCUAUUACAAAAUUAAUUUGAGUCACUAAAGAAGAGUUUUGCCUUUACUCACAAAAAUAUAACUUACAGAUUACUCCAAUAUUCCCUUCUCAAUUAAUAAUUUUGUAAACAAUAAUUUCAUAAAUAUACAAUAAGAAAAAAAUACUCGAGAAUAGCGAAAUAUUGUAUUCAAGUCUCUGUAUAACUUGGACGGAAGUUACCAUCACCGUAAACCAUCUGAAUUUAAUUUCGCUCUGGGGUGAAGGGAUCAGUUUUGAAAAAUAAAAUUCUUACGCGCUUCAUAACUAAAUUCUAACCUUAUUUAGAAAUUUAGAUUUAAAAAAAUACAUUUCACCGCAGAUAAAAGUGGGAUUGAAAUUUUCUACACCGAUGGCAACUACUGCCCAAGUUACGUAGCGACUGAAGUAGUGUGUGGAUGAGUGUCUGCGGGGUUCCUUAAAAAUAGUAAACUGGAAGAGAGAAACGAGGCGUUAAGAACGUUUUCUUCUGACACAAUCAAAUGACAGUUCAUUGGAAUAAAAGUCCGAGUUACCACGUAUAUACAAUAUCGACAACACUCCGUCAAAGUUAAUUCACGAAUAAAAUUUGUUUUUUUUUACGAAAUCAAAACGAGACAGGAUGUGUAAAUGAAUCACCAGGAUUGUAAUCGAUCAGAUCGCGUUCACGAGUGCCUCGUUCAUGUUUCUAUAAUUACGUACUUUUAUUUUGCUUCUUCGAGUAAAAUAAAUGUUUCCCUGGGGGCUCAGAGUAUUGACUAAGAAUCCCUGCCCAGUUCCUCAGAGCUUAAUUUUACCCUAUCCUAUUUAUCAAUAUAAUUAUCAUGUAACAAGUUCCAGGCAAAGACUCUUGGGUCUCAUUGACCCCCCAUGAGGGCCCAAUGCAUUUUGUUAUUUUUUUCCAAAUCUUGUGCUGAUUUCCAUUGUUCUCCGUUCGCUGUUUAAUAAUUCUGGUGGUAAUGAGAAUUGAGUGAAUCAUGCUGGUUUAUCCGUGACAAAUAUCUGUCAAUAAUUAGGCCCUUUAUUCUGGCUCCUCGCCAUCGGCCUCCUGAUCACCCUCGUCGUCAACCAGCAAAUCAUCCUCAUCAUUGG